GGCUGCGCACAGCACGUUGCUCUGGAGUUUGAAAGGAUGAAAGGGGGAAGAUUGAGAUUAUUGCUGCAGAGAUUUCGGAGGUGAGGACAAGUGGAAACUUAUUGACUUCUUUGGCGUCGAUACUGGGGAGGAGAUGAGAAUAAAGUGAUUUUAAUCCACAGGAGACGCAGGACUGUUACUGUGGAGGAGUGCCGUGCUUUUAAUCCUUCAGAAAAGAGGUCAUUUUCUUACAGAUAAACUUACUUUCAAAUACUUUACCUUUCAAAACCUGCAUCGAUUUUUUUGUGGGAGGGAGAGAUCUGAGGAUUGGAGCAUCGGAUUUGAGACUUCGGAGCUUCAAAGACAUCUUCUGCUGCAAUUUUUCUGAGAAAACAUGCAUAUGUAAACCACAUGCAAGACUUACUGUUCAGUGCAAUCUGGAAUGAUGAACCUUAUAGGAGAAGCAUGUCAGCUGUAGUCUUGUGUGCGGCGCUCUGAGGAUUAGUGCUGGGAAUGAAUUCACUUCUGGCAUAAAAUGAGAAAUUUAUCACAGCCGAUCAUUCCUGACCCACUCUUUCAGAAAGCAUGUGGCUUAUUUUGCCUUCCCCUCUCGCUUCUGAAGCUCUGAGACUCUUCUUUGGAAAAUAAGAGCUGGUGGUUGUGCUUACAGACCGGGAGAACUGAAAUAUUUAAGACUCUGGCUGUGAACGAUGCAAUUAACCAUUGAUGAAAACCGAAGCGGCUGUGAUCAGUAUGCAUAGGUUGCCUACAUUCACUCUGAGAACUGUGGGAGUGAGUUAAGGCGAGAGGACUAAUGACUGACAGCAGUAACAGGUUUGGUGCGAGGUACUACGGAGCACAUCCUGUGCAUUAGCUUGGCUGCUUCUGGCUGAAUUUAGAAACAGCAAGUGUGGCUCGUUCUUGAUCUUUUUUUUCUUGCUUCCUCAUUAUCUCUUCCUCCCAUUUCGAGGAACAGGUUGCUGUGCUAGUAAGCAGAUUUAGAUUAACUGCUGUUUCCUUUGGGAUGAACAGUUAAGGCAACUCAUAUGGGUCUUCAAAACUCUGUUUGACUUAACAUUCAACCACCAAUCAUUCUCAUCUUGUCCUCAUAGUCAACAUGGUCCCACCGCCCCCUUCCAACAAGCCACACGUUUGCCUUUCGUGUGUGCUUAUCAUGAGCAGCAUGGCGCUGCUGGACGCCUACCUUGUGGAGCAGAAUCAAGGUCCAAGGAAGGUGGGCGUCUGCAUCAUGGUGAUGGUAGGGGAUGUGUGCUUUCUCAUCGUGCUGCGGUACAUUGCAGUAUGGGUCGGCGCAGAGGUUCGAACUGCUAAACGUGGCUACGCCAUGAUCCUCUGGUUCUUCUACGUCUUUGUGCUGGAGAUCAAGGUAUACUUCGUCUACCAGAACUACAAGGCAGAAGGCGAGAGAGCAGACGCUCUUACCUGCAAGGCUUUGACGGUGCUACUUUCCGUGUUUGUACCGGGACUUUACGUUACGCUGGCAGCCAUCGACCACAUGGAAUACGUCCGCCCGCUCAAGAAAAGGGAGGAAUUGAGGAGUCGGCUGUUCUGGGUCGUGGUGGAUCUUCUCGACAUCUUGGACAUUCAGGCCAGCCUAUGGGAGCCUCAAAGAAAAGGGCUCCCUCUAUGGGUGGAGGGCCUUACUUUUUUCUACUGCUACAUACUACUUCUGAUACUGCCGUGUGUGUCGCUAAGCGAAAUUAGCAUGCAAGGUGUGAACAUUGUGCCGCACAAGAUGUUGCUGUAUCCCAUUCUCAGUUUGGUCGCCAUUAACUUUAUUACGAUAUUUAUACGGGGAGGAAAUAUGGUGUUUUAUAGGGACAUCCGAGUGUCCGGAAUACUCAUGGGUAAGAACGUCCUCGCCAUUGUCUUGAAAACGUGCAGCUUUGUACAGUACCGGAGACACCUGCAGGAGGCGCCAGCACCUGCUCUCGCUCCAGAACUACAGAGGGACGCAGUGCCACAAAGUUCUCGAGGGGCAGUGCCGGUCGUAAUGCCCAUGCCUGUGACCAUGCCAACUCCGCAGGUAGUCAUACAAGAUCUCACCACGCUUCCAGAAGAGCCUGAACUUGAAGAAACAUGACGAAAGAGCGAAUGAGAAGAGUUUGCACUGAGGAUACUUGGACAAUGCACAACACAAACUGCUUUGAGACUUCUUGUUUUAAUGUUAAUGCGGGUGUACGCUGUAUGAUUUACUACUUUAAGAUUUUUUAUGACAUUAAUGAUUGGAUACCAGAAUGUUCUUCACAUUGGUCAGACAUUUGGCCAGAUUUAACUGCACCGGCUAGGCAUUUUAAAGCGCCACUUAAUCAUUUUCUUCAGUAUUUGUCUAUUUGUCUAUUUACAUAUCCUUAAAACAAGAUGAAUUUACUUUUUAUCUUACCACACUGGUAAAUUACCUUUUCUUGUCUGAAAUGUCAACAUACCUACAUUUUGUUAGAUUUAUGCUUUAAAAAAAGACAAUGUGAAAAUGGGUUAAUGACAAGUUUUUGGUUAAAAUAUUUUUUUGCAGUGCAGUCCAUAUACCAUUAUCAAUUUCAGAACUAAUCACAUGAAUUUUACCUUGAAAAUUAAAAAAAAAAAAAGACUGUGAGUCUCUGACAACAAAAAGUGGUAAAAUUCAUAGCGUGUGCACCCAGUUUUAGUGAAGAAAAAAAAAGUGAUUAAAAAUGUUAAUGAGAUGACAAAUCUUUGUGAAAUGAAGAAAGACACAAGGCAGCUGUGGAUCUGGGGUCCAUUCAUUUCCAGAAAAAGUAUUUAACUCUGGAAUGUAGUCGUUUAUAAACAGCAUUAAUUAACAAGUGGAAUGCCAAGCAAAUCACACUUGAAAGAACACUCAGUGACCCUAUGAUUGUACAAUCACAGACAGCUGCGAAUAUAUCAUCUAUUUUCAUUUCUUCUGGUAGGGUGUUAAAAAUGUGGUAAAUCAUUAUGUUUUUGCAGUAUUUAAUCAUCAUAUUUUUGAAGUCAUUUAAUAACUAUGGUGAAAAGUUGUGUUUUGAAACAAGUCCUAGUACAAUUAUUUUCUCUCAAAGGGGACAUCAGAUGCAAAAUUCCCUUUUACAUAGUGUUUGCAUAUAAAUGUGUCUUAGCAGUGUGUAAACACAAUCACCCUACAAUGAUAAAAAUCCAGUCAAUAAUUUUUUAAUGACGCCAUACUGCUCGAGCCCUGCCCACAGCUGAUAACGGACUGUCCUGUACUACCACAUUUCCGUUUUUAGCCAGCUGUAAGCUGUCUGCCAUUUUCUCCACACUAUAGGACAGUGUAGAGUAGACAGGACGCAACGUGGAAGAGAGAGGGGGGUGGGAUAGGAAAAGGUCCUUAAGACGGGAUUCAAACUCGGGACAGCCAUAACACCACAGCAUUAUAUGUUGGCACACUGCCCACUAGACUAUCGGUGAUGGACUGGACACAUUAGUUUUGUUUUUGAUGGUAAAACAUAACCAAAUGCACAAAAGACGGAAGAGAGAGGGGCAGGGUGAGCAGAGCUCAUUAGCAUUUAAAGAAACAUGCACCAAAACGGGUCGCUGUUUUUGACAAGUUAAAAAAGGUGUUGUUUUACAUGACCACUGAGGAAUUUUAACCAAAGAAUGUUGCAGACAGGGUUUGAAUUUAACUUUUUCACUCACCAGCCAAUUUGGCUACUAAAUUUUACUAAAGUUACCAGCCAUUUAUAACUUCUAGUAGCCAAAAAUAAAUAAAUUUGCCAACUGAAAUAAACCAACAGCUUGAGGCUGUUUGCACUGGAUGUGACAAAGCAGGGUUUUCAAAACUUUUGAACUUUGUGUCAGUACAUCAUAAAUAGAAUGAGGCAUCACUUUACUAUUGGGGAUUUGUCGUGCUGUGCCGCAUCCAGUGAAGACAGCAUCUCUGAUCGUAAUUGGUUCUAUUGUAUUUUGUUGUGCCGCUCGUGUCUGGUGCAGACACGGUGUGAGUCUUCAGUCCUUUUUUGACUCUUCGUUAUUGCUUCAAUGCAUAGGAAACUAGCGCGUCUGCCACACCGUUAUUUGUCGGGUAUGUACAAGUAAGCUUGAUAUGGGCAGAUGCUUCGCAAUUAUGCUGUAUUUAAUAUAUCAUGAUGACUCACAAGUUUAUUUGUGCUAAAUCUGUAUUUAUUUAGCUUAAAUGAACAUGCCCAAGAAAUUAAUGAGUGAACAUAAUUUACCCGCCAAAUUGGAUAGUGAUUUGACAGCGUUACCUGCCACAUCUGAUUUUUACCUGCAUUUGGCGGGCGUUAAUUUCAAACCCUGGUUGCAGACAUUUCAUCAAGACCCUAAAGAAUCAUACCAACUUGUGGAAAAUUGGCAUCCGAUGUCCCCUUUAUCUAAUCACAAAUGGAAUGUUUUAUAUUUGAUGGAAUUAUGCUUCAUAUGUUAUUGUUUUGAUGUUUUAUG